UGGAAUGGAAACGGAGUCGAGGGAGGCGAUACUUCGUCUAGCGCAGAGCUCCAUCAGUGGACUCAAGUCAGACUCAGUAGUAGGUUAUGCAGCCGUUAUUCCCAUUUUCCAGCCAAGUGACUAAAUGAUAGAAGAAAGACAUCUCUGCCAUUUAUAUAAUUGGAACAAUCGUUGGCUUUAUGCGGGGGGAAAAUGCAACCUUCAAGACUAAAAGGAACGUGAUGGGAAAAGCAUAUAUAUAUAUAUCUUUUUUUAAAACAGAAUAUUCUAACUCGACGUCCAUUGGAGGAAACCAGUUAAUGUUUAUAGCUCUGUGCUUCGUCAUCCUUCAACGUUAGAUUUUUGUUUCAUGGACCGUUUUCAUAAUUAUUAGCCUACCAGUACAGGUCUAAUGUCUUAGUUUAGCACAUUAUUUAGUUGUAGGUAGGUCAGCUGCCUUUACAUGCACAGGCUAGAUGAGAUUCAAUGGUUAAAUGUUUUUGAUGGAUUCCUUGUCCUAUCCAAAGGAGGGUAGUAAGUAAGUAGCAAGACAUAAUCUAGGGUAGCUACUGGUCCGAGAAUUGUGGAAUAAUAUAAUUUUUGAUCAAAACCGGACGUCUAUGGACAUUUGUUUUUCAUCGGCGAAAUGAGUGUCUGUUUAAUUAAAUCAACCACAUGAACGGCGUCUAAAUUAAGGUCGUGUUCAGAGGGGUGAAAGGCGACGCUGAGAAAAUUCCCCGACAAGGAGAAAUACAGUUUAAUACAUACUCUCUGGAAUUGUCGCUGUCAACCACAAGGAAAUGGGAAGCGAGGUUUUUACGCCGUUGCUGGAGCAAUUUCUGCUCACGCCUUUGGUCGCCUGGGUUAAGGCGGCUGGGCAUUCAUCUGGAAACGAUGGCACCAAACUAUCGGAAUACAUUGAAUUAGUGGAUGGCAUUUAUUUAAAUGAGAUCAUGCUUGAGAUAAAUCCUAAAGCCACUGUUCAAAGAACCAACAAGAAAGUGAACAAUGACUCAACACUGCGCAUACAAAACCUCUCCAUCCUGAUCCGACAGAUCAAGUCCUAUUACCAGGAGACCCUCCAGCAGCUGGUGAUGAUGCCUCUCCCCAACGUGCUGGUGCUGGGCAGGAACCCUCUCAGUGAGCAAGGACUGGAGGAGAUGAAGAAGCUUUUGUUGCUGUUGCUUGGCUGUGCCGUCCAGUGUGAGAAGAAAGAGGAGUACAUCGAGAGGAUCCAGACCCUAGACUUUGACACAAAAGCUGCCAUAGCAUCUCACAUCCAAGAGGUGACCCACAACCAGGAGAAUGUUGUGGACCUGCAGUGGCUGGAGGGGGGCGAGCUGCCCCCAGAGGACCUGGACUCCUUCUCCAGGAACAUGGCCUUCCAUCUCAAACGCCUGUUGGACGAGAGAGACGACCAGCUGGAGACCAUCGUGGAGCUGACCCAGGAGAGGGACUGUGGACAGUACUCUCCCCAGCCGUUCUGUGCCCAGUCACCCAACGACUCGCCCAGCAUGCGCCGCACAGAGAGCCGGCAGCACCUGUCUGUGGAGCUGGCCGACGCCAAGGCCAAGAUCAGACGUCUGCGCCAGGAGCUGGAGGAGAAGAGUGAGCAGCUGCUGGACUGCAGACAGGAACUGGACAACAUGGAGACUGAGAAUAAGAGGGUUCAGCAAGAGAGCCUGCAAUUGUUGUCGGACGCGCGUUCUGCCAGGGCCUAUCGUGACGAGCUGGACGCUCUGAGGGAGAAGGCCGUCAGAGUGGACAAGCUGGAGAGUGAAGUGGGACGGUACAAGGAGAGGCUCUACGACAUUGAGUUCUAUAAAGCUAGAGUAGAGGAGCUGAAGGAGGACAAUCAGGUUCUGCUGGAGACCAAGGCCAUGCUGGAGGACCAGCUGGUAGGAACCAGGGCUCGCUCUGACAAACUCCACGAGCUGGAGAAGGAGAGCCUGCAGCUCAAAUCCAAGAUCCACGACAUGGAAAUGGACCGGGACAUGGACAGGAAGCGUAUUGAGGAGCUUCUAGAGGAGAACCUGGUCCUGGAGAUGGCCCAGAAACAGAGCAUGGACGAGUCUCUCCACCUAGGGUGGGAACUACAGCAGCUCUCCAUGACCCCUGACCUGACAGAGGUGCCUCAGAAGUCCCUGGGCCACGAGGUAAAUGAGCUGACGUCCAGCCGGCUGCUGAAGCUGGAGAAGGAGAACCAGACCCUGCUGAAGACUGUGGAGGAGCUGAGGGGCUCUGCCAGCAAAGACGCCCCCGCACGUCUCCUCAAGGCCGACAAGGAGAACCAGAGGCUCACCCAGAGGUUGGAGCAGCUGGAGAGUGCGCUGAACACAGACAGGGAGAGUCUGCACAGUGCAGAGAGCCUCGGCACCGAUCUGAUGAAGGAGAAGUCUCUGCUGGAGAAAACCCUGGAGACACUGAGGGAGAACUCGGAGAGACAGGUGAAAGGCCUGGAGCAGGAGAACGAGCACCUGACCCAGACCGUCUCGUCGCUGAGGCAACGCUCCCAGGUGGGCCCUGAGGCGCGGGUCAAAGACGUGGAGAAGGAGAACCGCGUGCUACACGAGUCCAUCCGGGAGACUAGCUCCAAACUCAACAAGCUGGAGUUUGAGCGUAAGCAGCUGCGUAAGGACCUGGCGGUGUACAAGGAGAAGGGCGAGAGGGCGGAGGAGCUGGAGGUGGAGGCGCAGCGGCUGGAGAGGGAGAACGAGGCCCUGCAGAAACGAGUAGCCAGUCUGGGCAUCGCCUGUGACAAGGUGGCGUCUCUGGAGAAGGAGAACGCAGAGCUGGAGGCUGAGGGCCGUCGUCUGAAGAAGAACGUGGAAGGCCUGCGGAGCACAUCCUUCCAGCUGGAGGCCCUGGAGAAGGAGAACGCCCAGCUUGACGAGGAGAACCUGAAGCUCCGCAGGGCUGCCGAGGCGCUCCGCUCGGCCGGGAACAAGGCGGCUCAGCUGGAACUUGAGAACCGUGAGCUGGAGAGCGAGAGGAGCCAACUGAAGAGGAGCCUGGAGCUGCUCAAAGCCUCCUCCAGGAAGACGGAGAGGCUGGAGGUGAGCUACCAGGGCCUGGACACGGAGAACCAGCGGCUGCAGAAAUCCCUAGAGAACAGCAGCCGCAAGAUCCAGCAGCUAGAGGGGGAGCUGCAGGACGUGGAGCAGGAGAACCAGAGCCUGCAGAGGAGCCUGGAGGAACUGAAGAUCUCCAGCAAACGUCUGGAGCAGCUGGAGCAGGAGAAUAAGACUCUGGAGCAGGAGAGCUCUCAGCUGGAGAAGGACAAGAAGCAGCUGGAGAAGGAGAACAAGAGGCUGAGACAGCAGGCAGAGAUCAGGGACUCCAAGAUGGACGAGGACAACCUGAGGAUCAGCCACCUGGAGAAGGAGAACCGCUCGCUGGGCAAGGAGAUGACCUCCUUCAAGGACUCCUGCAACCGCCUCAAAGACCUGGAGAAGGAGAACAAGGAGCUGGUCAAACAGGCCACCAUCGAUAAGAAGACCCUAGUCACUCUGCGAGAGGAACUGGUGAGUGAGAAACUGCGGAAUCAGCAGAUGAACAAUGACCUGGAGAAACUGACCCACGAGCUGGAGAAGAUAGGCCUCAACAAGGAGAGGCUGCUGCAGGCCGAGCAGAGCUCUGACAAUGACAGGUACAAGCUGCUGGAGUUCAAGCUAGAGUCCACUCUCAAGUCUUCUCUGGAGAUCAAGGAGGAGAAGAUAGCUGCCUUGGAGGCUAGACUGCAGGAGUCCUCCAACCUCAACCAACAACUGCGCCAGGAGCUCAAAACUGUGAAGAAGAACUAUGAGGCCCUGCGACAGAGGGAGGAGGAGGAGGAGAGGAUGGUGCAGAGCUCGCCCCCCAGAGGAGGGGACAGGGAGGACUCUCAGGCCGUCAACAAGUGGGAGAAGGAGAGCCACGAGACCACCCGGGAACUGCUCAAGGUCAAAGACCGCCUCAUCGAGGUGGAGAGGAAUAACGCCACCCUCCAGGCAGAGAAGCAGGCCCUGCAUACCAACCUGAAGCAGCUGGAGACCCAGAGCAGUAACCUGCAGGCCCAGAUUCUGGCUCUGCAGAGACAGACUGCAUCUCUACAGGAGAACAACACCACACUACAGACCCAGAACGCCAAACUACAGGUUGAGAAUUCAACACUGAACUCCCAGAGUGGCGCUCUCAUGACCCAGAAUGCCCAACUGGCAACGCAGCAGUCCAGCACGGAGAACGAGAAGGAGGGGGCGGUGAGGGAGAGGGAGGACCUGAGGUCCACCUAUGAGAUGCUGCUAAGGGACCAUGAGAAGCUGGCUGCCCUGCAUGAGAGACAGGCCUCCGAAUACGAGGGCCUCAUCGGCAAACAUGGAGGCCUGAAGAGUGCCCACAAGAGCCUGGAGUCACAGCACAGAGACCUGGAGGACAGGUAUAACCAGCUGCUGAGGCAGAAGGAUCAGCUGGAGGAGCUGGAGAAACAGCUGAAGGCACAGCAGGAGAAGAUGCUGUCUGAGAACAAGAGCCACAAGGCCACUGCUGCAGACUACCACAAACUGAAGGAGGAGAAUGAAAGGCUGAACAUGGCACACCGCCAGCUGGUGAAGGAUAAUGAGGGACUGCAGGCCGACCAUAAGAACCUGAAGAGCCAGAUGAACGGUGCCAAACUGGAACAGACCCGCCUAGAGGCGGAGUUCUCCAAACUCAAAGAGCAGUACCAACAGCUGGACAUCACCUCCACCAAGCUCACUAACCAGUGUGAGUUGCUGAGCCAGUUGAAGGGGAACCUGGAGGAGGAGAACCGACACCUGCUGGACCAGAUCCAGACCCUGAUGCUGCAGAACCGCACCCUUCUAGAACAGACCAUGGAGAGCAAGGACCUGUACCAUGUAGAACAGAGACUGUACAUAGACAAGCUGAACGAGUUGAGGAGACAGAAGGAGAAGCUGGAGGAGAAGAUCAUGGAUCAGUAUAAGUUCUACGACCCCUCACCUCCACGGAGACGGGGGAACUGGAUCACCCUGAAGAUGAAGAAACUGAUCAAGCCGAGGAGUCGGGAGCGGAUGCGUUCCCUGACGCUGACGCCCACACGCUCUGAGUCCAGCGACGGCUUCCUGGGGCUUCCUCUGGACAGCCAGGACUCCUCCUCCAUAGGCUCUGGCUCCAACUCCCUGGACGACACACUGACACACAAGAGAAGCAGCAGGAAGAGAGACUCUCAGAGAGUGCUGCAUUUCCAUGUGCAGGGUAACCAGGGUUCCUCUAAUGCUCUGAAAAGGUUGCCCUUUAUGAGGACCAGAUCGAAGGAGAAAGACAAAGAGAAGGCCAUCUACCGCCGGUCAAUGUCUAUGAACGACCUGCUACAGACCAUGGCCCUGGCAGGGGGUCAGUGGGCGGGCAGCACAGAGAACCUGGAGGGGCCCGUGGAGACCAACGGGGGCAGCAGUAGCCGGCGAAUGAAGGAGCUGGGCUCCAUGGCCUACUCCACCAACGCUAUCAACUAUGCCACCCUCACCCUGCCUUCAGGCAGCAGGGCCAAGAGGAGCCUGAAGAUCAAAGACAACGCUUCCUGUGAAGAUGUCCCAGCAUCCUCAGCUGACCCCAAUGGGGUCAAAGGGCAAGCCUCAAGACCCUCCAGCCUCCAUAGUAUCAAGACCAUCAGUAGUAAUAGCAAUAAUAACUCCCACUCCUCUCCACUCGAGGCCAAAGGCACAUUGAACGGAAACCUCAGCAGGCCCCACAGUGAGAGCAGUGGGGAGUUCAGCCUCAGUCUGGACCAGGAGGAGUGGUCCAGUGGGAGCAGCCCUGUCCAGCACCCCCUGUCCCGCUCCUCUCACCAGAGCCCCAUGCUGCUGCGGAGGUCCCUGGACCCCCAGGCCACACAGGCCAGGAAGAAGACUGGCAGCUCCUCGGGCAGCACCAGUGAAGUGGUCUCUCUACAGCAGUUCCUAGAGGAGAGUACCGACCCCGCAGAGUCUGGCAGCCAAGAGAAUCUGACCGUUGAGUCUCCCCGCCUCUCUGGAGGCACUGAGUAUGUGCAGAGGGACCGGGCUGAGCGAGGCUCCACAUCCUGCACCGGCACUAAGGGGCGGGGCAUCCUGCGCUCAGCCAGUGGGAAGGCAGCGCCAGUGAACUCAGUUGGCCGUCCCCCCCGGGGUGACCAACCAGGUCGUCCCAGUCUACGGAAGGCAGAGAGUACGCGUGUGAAGGGCACGGUCCAGCCCCGGGUCAGCCUCUCCUCCCAGAGUAAAGCCAUGUCUGUGUCUGAGCGUCUGGACAUCUCCUCCACGCUGCCCCGGGCCAGCAGCGUCAUCUCCACAGCCGAGGGCUCCACACGUCGGACCAGCAUCCACGACCUGCUGUCCAAAGACGCCCGGCAGCCCGUGUCUGUGGACCACUCACCCUCCUCAAAGACCUCGCCUAGCGCCUCCACCACGCCCAAUGUGGAAGUGUUACAAGAGCGCAGAAAGUCAAAAAGCGGAACUGGGGAGCAACAAAGCUCCUAAACAUUACUCAUCGGCUACCGUUAUAUGAGCUCAAGUGGUGAGUGCUGCUCUCCAAGUCCAACAGGGAGAUUUCUUUUGGGUGGGGGGGGCUCCAUGGUAACCCAAAGUGGUGUAACAGAUGUCCCAUCCUGGACGCGCUUGCUUAUGCUACGCUGGUGUCCCCCCCCCCCCCCGGCCUGGCUGGUGCCACCCGGUAAAGGGCAUGUGAAUGGACCCUGGUCUGCAUGGUGUCUGGUGGAACACGCCCAACCCCUAAUAACAGGAGGUCCUGCUACACCUACAUGCACCCCCUUCCUCCCUGCUCCUCAGUGCUGUACUCUAUGUGUCCAAAGCUGGCUUUUCUUUACUUUUUUCUGUUGGUAUUCAGGAAAAAGCACCGGUGGCUCUAUACGAGGUGGUGGUCCCUUUGUGAGCUUAUCUAUCUGCAGUACUGCAUGGCUUUGGUGUGGUGCAGCUGAACUCCCUCCCCUUACCCUGACUGUGGAUGCAUGUAGAUUGCUUUCCUGUGCGUCUAUAUAUACAUGUUCAUCUUAUUCUUCUCUGUCAUUUCUGCAUCUAACCUUUUUCUGUCCCCUUCUCUUCUUCUCUUCACUCUGUCUGCCUCCAACUCAGAGAGGAAAGUGACCUUCAAGCUGUCUGUUUGACUUUGAAGCCUUUAAAAGUUGGUCUACUGAGAUGGUCUUCAGUGAGAAAA